AUGUUGCGACCCAUUUUUACACGUCAGCUGCGUUCUAAUUUAAUUCGUUCCACCUCUGUAUUGUCAGCUCGUUCUUUCGCGUCCGCUGUCAGUACAAGUGGACCGUGCUUCACUUUGACUGAAGAGCAACAAAAUUUUCAAGAACUUGCUCGUAAAUUCGCUCAGGAAGAAAUUGUGCCAAAGGCGGUUUAUCAUGACCAAACUGGUGAAUAUCCAACGGACAUUAUUAAAAAAGCUUGGGAGCUUGGUUUAGUAAACACUCAUAUUCCUGCAGAAUUUGGUGGACUUGGACUUGGUGUUUUCGAGUCUAGUUUAGUUACUGAAGAAUUGGCUUGGGGUUGUACGGGUAUUCAGACGGCCAUUGAGGCGAAUGGUCUCGCGGAAGCCCCAUUAAUUGUAGCGGGAAAUAAGGAACAAAAUCAAAAAUACCUAGGUCGUAUGACAGAAGAACCACUUAUGGCUGCCUAUUGUGUAACGGAACCUGGGGCAGGUUCGGACGUUGCGGGAAUAGGAACAAAAGCGGAAUUAAAAGGUGAUAAAUGGGUUAUAAAUGGACAAAAGAUGUGGAUAACUAAUGGAGGUAAAGCCAAUUGGUAUUUCGUUUUGGCUCGAACUGAUCCAAACGCAAAACCGGGCUCCGCAUUUACGGGAUUUAUUGUUGACGCAAACACACCCGGUAUUACACCUGGUAGAAAAGAAAUCAAUUUAGGUCAACGUGCGAGUGACACAAGAGGCAUCACAUUCGAAGAAGUUGUUGUACCAAAAGAGAAUGUCCUUGGAACUCCUGGUAAAGGGUUCAAAAUUGCUAUGGCUGCUUUCGAUAUUACCCGUCCGUUAGUCGCAGCUGGCGCUGUUGGAUUAGCUCGUCGUGCUAUGGAAGAAGCCCUCAAAUAUUCUCUUGAAAGGAAAACCAUGGGACAAAAAAUAUUCAACCACCAAAGUGUAGCGUUUAUGCUUGCUGAUGCUGCUAUAGGAGUUGAGUCAGCGCGCAACAUGGUUUGGAAGGCUGGCUGGUUGCGUGAUCAAAACCAAAGAAAUACAUUUUACGCGUCUAUCGCAAAGGCGUUGGCAUCUGACGUCGCAGUAACUACGGCUAGUAAUGCUGUUCAAAUUUUUGGCGGAAACGGUUACAAUACCGAGUAUCCUGUCGAAAAAUUGUAUCGUGACUCUAAAAUUUUCCAAAUUUAUGAGGGAACUUCACAAAUUCAACGAUUAAUCAUUUCUCGAUAUUUGGCUGAAAACGUGGAAAAUAUAUAUAAUCAAUAUAUCGACCAAAAAGAGUUUGAUAAUGUCAAUAAUGAAACUAAUCGAUAUACAAAUGAAUAUGAAGAUAUGAGUGAUUAUGUUUCUAGUUCGGGUUUUAGAGAAAGUUAUUCCACUGGCGUUGGUACCCAUGAUAGCGUGGCGUUUCCUGAUGAUGCUGUCAUUCAAAGGCAUCCUUCCAAAAAAGUUUUAGCAGGUAAUCCUGCUUUUAAUAAUAUGACUAGUAAUGAUUCAUCAAAAAGAUUAGCCAGAGGUGAUACCGUAAAGAAAACACCCCACCUAGAUAAAUUUGAUCCUUCUACUGUAAACGGCCCUGUUGUAACUGUUAAAAAACCAAUUACAAGAAUUGAAAAACUUCAAUCUUGGAUGAUUAAUGAAGGGAACCGUACUAUAUUUUUCGGUGUAUGGGUAGCACUUCAUAUUUUAGUUUUUUCUAUGGCUUUUCUCAAUUUCUACUUUAGUGAUAAUUUGACUCAAGCCAGAGCUGUUUUCGGAAUCACAUAUUCAAUUGCAAGAUCAGCUGCAUUGGUUCUUCACGUUGAUGCUGCCAUGGUUUUAUUCCCAGUUUGUAGAAAUUUGAUUUCUAUUUUCCGUGCAACUCCCCUUAAUAACAUUAUUCCUUUCGAUGAAAGUAUCGAAAUUCACAAGGCAAUUGGCUGGUCUAUAUUAAGUUUCACUUUAAUUCAUACUGGCGCUCAUUGGAUCAAUUUUUUGAUGGUUGCCAAGAAUGAUCCUUCACCAUUUAUACUAUGGCUUAAGCUUAAUUUUAUAACGGGACCUGGUGCAACUGGUUAUGUGAUGCUUAUAUCCUUGUUAAUUAUGAUUGCUACUGCGACUGAAAAAGCAAGACGAAGUCAUUUUAAUAGGUUUUGGUACCUUCAUCAUUUGUUUAUUCCAUUCUUUGGAGCUUGGGCCUUCCAUGGGGCAUUCUGUAUGAUCAAAUUCGAUAGAGAACCAAAGUGUGGUGAAAGCGCUGCUAGUUUCUGGAGAUAUUGGAUAGCUUCAGGAGUGAUUUACAUUAGUGAACGUGUCCUUCGUGAAUUUCGUGCAAGACAAACGUCUUAUAUUUCAAAAGUAGUCAUGCAUCCUUCACGUGUUGUCGAAAUUCAAAUCAAGAAACCUGCCAUGACUACUAAAGCCGGGCAAUAUAUCUUUUUAUGCUGUCCCGAAGUAUCGCUUUGGCAAUGGCAUCCUUUUACCUUAACAUCCGCACCAGAGGAAGAUUAUGUAUCUGUACAUAUACGCGUAGUCGGUGAUUUUACAGAAACCCUAUCCAAAAAAUUAGGAUGUAAUUUCGACGAAGAAUUAAAGAUUCGUAAAGAAAACAGAGAUCGUAUAAAAAGUCAAUAUGAUGGAAUUGACAUUUCAUCAAAUAAUCCGGAACUUCAAAAAGUUUUACCUAGGAUUAUGAUUGAUGGUCCAUUUGGAAGUGCUUCAGAGGAUGUAUUUAAAUUUGAAGUUUCCGUGCUUGUUGGUGCUGGUAUUGGUGUCACCCCAUUUGCUAGUAUUCUUAAAAGUAUUUGGUAUCGAGUUAAUUACCCUACAAAAUCGACUAAAUUGUCCAAAGUAUACUUUUUCUGGAUUUGCCGUGAUUAUGAUGAGCAAGAUAUCGACCAAUUCAUUGAAACGCAUAUAUACCUUACGGGUCGAUUACGUCAUUCCGAGGUUCGAAACAUUCUCGUGAAUGACGAUGGUAACGUUAAAGACACGAUCACGGGUCUUCGUGCGCCAACGCAUUUUGGACGACCUAAUUGGGAUAAGAUUUUCUCAAAUAUGAGAGAUUUAUAUCAGGCAACGGAUAUUGGUGUUUUCUUUUGUGGACCAAAACCACUUGGUAAAAUUUUACAUACAAAAUGUAAUCUUUGGAGUCAAGGUUUUGAAGAUGGAACAAGGUUCUUUUAUGGAAAAGGUAGUGGGGACCGUUGCUAA